GAGAUAACGUGGCCGUUUGGUUCAGAGCAUCUUUCUUACGUCCUUGACAGCUCCUGCUUUUUGGCAUGGGCUUCCUACAUGACCAACUCCCCGACCCUGAUCGUGAUGAUCGGUCUCCCUGCGCGCGGCAAGACCUACGUGUCAAAGAAGCUCACCCGCUACCUCAACUGGAUCGGGGUGCCCACCAAAGUGUUUAAUUUAGGAGUGUAUCGCCGGGAAGCGGUGAAGUCUUACAAGUCCUAUGACUUCUUCAGGCACGAUAACAAAGAAGCCAUGGAAAUCCGCAAACGAUGUGCCUUGGUGGCUCUGGAAGACGUGAAGGCUUAUCUCUUGGAGGAGUGCGGGCAAAUAGCUGUGUUUGAUGCGACCAACACAACUCGAGAAAGACGGGACCUGAUCUUAAAUUUUGCUAAAGAAAAUGCUUUCAAGGUGUUUUUUGUGGAGUCCGUCUGUGAUGAUCCAGAAGUCAUUGCUGCCAAUAUCCUGGAGGUGAAAGUUUCCAGCCCUGACUACCCGGAGAGAAACAGGGAGAACGUGAUGGAUGAUUUCCUGAAGAGGAUUGAGUGCUACAAGGUCACUUACCAGCCUCUUGAUCCCGAUGCGUAUGACAAAGAUCUUUCCUUCAUUAAAGUGAUCAAUGUGGGACAGCGGUUCCUAGUAAACAGAGUCCAAGAUUACAUCCAGAGUAAAAUCGUCUAUUACCUAAUGAACAUUCAUGUCCAGCCGCGUACCAUCUACCUUUGCCGACAUGGUGAGAGUGAAUAUAAUCUUGUUGGCAAGAUUGGUGGGGAUUCUGGUCUGUCGCCACGCGGGAAGCAGUUUGCUCAGGCGCUGAAGAAGUUCAUCGAAGCGCAGGAAAUCGUUGAUCUGAAGGUGUGGACGAGCCAGCUGAAAAGGACGAUCCAGACGGCCGAGUCCCUGGGGGUCACAUACGAGCAGUGGAAGAUUCUCAAUGAGAUCGAUGCUGGGGUGUGUGAAGAAAUGACCUACGCAGAAAUUGAAGCCAAGUAUCCAGAUGAGUUUGCCUUGAGGGAUCAAGAGAAAUAUCUUUAUCGCUAUCCUGGAGGCGAGUCCUACCAGGACUUGGUCCAGCGCCUGGAGCCCGUAAUUAUGGAGCUAGAACGGCAAGGCAACGUCCUCGUUAUCUCCCACCAGGCGGUUAUGAGGUGCCUGUUGGCUUAUUUUCUUGACAAGAGUGCAGACGAGCUGCCCUACCUGCGCUGCCCCCUCCACACCAUCCUCAAGCUCACGCCUGUUGCGUACGGUUGUAAAGUGGAGACGAUUACCCUGAACGUGGAAGCAGUGAACACCCACCGCGACAAACCCUCUCUGAACUCGAACAACCUUCCCGCCAGCCAAACCCCUGUAAGGAUGAGAAGAAACAGCUUUACGCCGCGGGCCAGCGCGGACACGGUAAAGCGCCCGCGACAUUACAGCGUUGGGAGCAAGCCUCUCGACCUGCUGGGGCCUUUCCCAUCCUUGGAAGCUCGAGAUGGGGCCGACCGGCUGCAGCUGCGAGUCGGUGUCCAGCCUCAAGGGGGAAAUGCUUGCCUGGAGCCAACAGCCAGCAUCACCCACGAGACCUUGGCUUCCCUGCCGGCCUCCGAGUAAGGGGCUCGGAUGAAACCUUGGCUGCCGCCCCAUGCAGAACGGCCGGAGCUGCUCUCGCUUCACCGUGCUCCUGCCACCCCCGAGGCCCGUCCCCGUGCCCCUGCUCUGCUGGUGGCUGUGGCAGAGCCGGCUGCAGCCCCUCGCUUGGCUCAUCGGGUGUUUCGCCUCCUGCAGUACAUGCAACGCUGAUGUGUAUUUGCCCUGUAGAAGUUUUUUUGCAAUUUAGGUGCUCUGUCUGGGGACCCGGCUGUGUUGCUCAGCAGGUCCCUGCCUGGGGCUGUGGGACGGCUCUCGGCAGCGUGUGGCUCCUGCAGCGCCUGUGCUGCAUCCUCCACGCGGUGCCAUGCUCGUCCCCAUGCGCCAGGGUGACCCUCAGCACCCAGCUGCUUCCACCCGCUUUUGGGAGCUCGGUGGUCUCCCUCCCCCUGCAGGAGCUGUUCCAGGGAGCACCCAAGGGUGGCAGUGCCUAAGGGUGGGCUCGGGUGGCAUGAGCUGUGUCCUUGGAGGCUUUGGGUCGCUGCACGUGGGCUGCCAGGGGUCGUUGCUGACCUGCUCUUGCUCUCAGCAAAGCUCCGCUCCUUCCUUGCCACUGCCCUGGGGCUUUGGGCAAAUCCUCUCACUCCUGGUGCUCUGGUGUCCAAGGGAGAGCUGGGUUUCGUGCAAAGAAGGUAAAGCGGCCACUGCCUCAGUUUGCAGACAUCAAGUGCUAAGAGUGGGUUCAGGUUUGGCUGGGGAGCUGGCUCCCGCUCCGCUGCAGCAGGGUGGUCCUAGAAUCACAGAGUUGUCCAGGUUGGAAAAGCCCGUUAAGAUGGUCAAGUCCAACCAUUCCCCUAACCCUGCCAUCCCACUGGUCCCCGCAGCGAUGGGGCGCAGGUCUCGCUGCCGUAGGAUGCGGCGCGUCUCUUCCCGGUGAGGAAGGCACAGCUCCUGCCCCUGGCCAGGUAGUGUCCCUCCAGGCCUGGGAAACUCCUGCUUGAAUGUAUUUAACAAUUUGGAUGUGCAGCCUUUUUCUUUCAUUGCACUUUGUCCUUGAAAUGAAGCUCUUCCAACAAUAUUCUCCAAUUUCAUAGGAUACAAAGAGAUGGGAUGGAUCCUGAAGUUUCAUGCCCCUGUCCCCUAUUCUCUAGUUUGUGAUAGUGUUUUUAACAGCGCCGCGCAGUGCUCUCGCUGUCCGAGCAGCGUGGCUCUCCUGCCAAAGCUGCAGAAGCGCACAAAGCCUCGGGCUCGGAUCUUGCUGUAGUGCAUCUCCCACGGUGGGAUGGCCGGCUUGGGAAUGGUCCGGCCAGGAGCAAUGCAACAAGGGCAUGUCUCUCCUAAAGUUGCCCAUCUCCGUGGGUUUCAGAGGCCUUAAUGUCGAGGAUGAGGGGAAAAGGAAACGGAACCUGAGCUGGGGGAGCUUGUGAUAAAUCCAAUAAAUCAUUGUUCCUAUAUUGAGCAAUAUUAAUUAUCAAAUAUUAAUUAUCAAAUCAGAGGAAAAUUAUCCACAGGCUAAAAAUCAAAGCUCUGCCCCUUUGGAUUUGCCUUCGCUCUGAGCUGUAAGGAGCCGUGUGUUUAGAAAAUGAAUGUAUUUGCCUGCUUUUCAAAAUUCCUUUUCUAACAUUGUGCUUCAGGUAUUUCUUUUUCCCCUGUAUUUGAAUGAAUAGCACAGACUUCUGGGAGGGUUUGCAGAUAAAUGCAGGGAACUUGGUCCAAUUCCCUCAAUUCCAGUACACACCAUCUUCCUUCUUAGUGCUGGUGUUAUGCUUGACAUGGUAGCAUGUGAGCAGCUAUCGUGGAUUACCUCUGGCUGGUGAUGGUUACUUUUCAAGUGUCGCUUUUGGGAAAGCUGUUGAGAUUUAUUUAAUUUUUUUUUAAAUUACAAAUGGAAAAUGCGUAGGAUUGGAUUUCCAGAGCGUUGGAUUUUAAGUGGUGAUGCCUACUGUUAAUUGUCAGCAAGCUGGCUCAAUAGCUCCGCCACUUUUUAUUGCAAAGCCGCGCCGGUUAGGUAACGACAAAUGGCACACGGUGAUUUACGCAUCGGUUUGCAGUCUCCGAAAGCGCCGCAGCUGAGCGGAGCGGGCACGGAACAGUGCGGCUCGGAGCCCUUCCGAGCGUUCUCUGUGCUCCGAGGCAUUGCAUGAACAGCAGCUGUAGGAAAUCCUGGCUGUCAGGUUUUAAACCCUGUGCUUGCGCAUUUGUAAAUAAUAAUAAAUAAAUUCACCUGCACUGACCUGAGCGUGUUCCCGUCAUCUGUCGGACCCUCGGUGAGGCAACGGAAGGAGUUUUAUCAAAACUAUAAGUAUUUAUUGUGUUUAAUAUGCAAAAUGAUUGCUGUAACGUCUCUUACAUUUGUCCUGGAAGUGUACUUUCCUAUGGAGGAGAUAAAUAAAAGCGACUCACCCUGAGUAUCCAGCCUACUUCGUUAUUGCCUGCCAUCCUCUGGGAUUUUCCAGUAGAGCUGAGCUUGCGUGGCCGAGGGCUGAGACUGGGAAACCCUUGGCGCGGAGCUUUGCGGGAGGGUACAGGACGAUGCAAAAUGGGAAGCGGCUCGUUACCUGCUCGGGGAGGGGUAAAUAAGUAAAUCCUCAGAUGGCUGCUGUCACACAGACCGACUCUGCGGAGCUGGUUGUACCCUGCUGCGAGGCAUCUGUCCGUCCGUCCCCCAGCAUCAAGCUGAGCUCUGCCAUCCCCUGCUUUACCAUCU